AUGUUCCAAUUUCAGAUCCAGUCUCCCACCUUCAUGCCGCUGAUCAUGUGUCCGAGCCGCGAGUGUCAGACCAACAAGUCGGGCGGAAGGCUUUACCUGCAAUCCCGAGGAUCCAAGUUCAUCAAGUUCCAGGAGAUUAAACUGCAAGAGCAUAGUGACCAGGUGCCGAUCGGAAACAUCCCCCGCAGCAUGUCGGUGUUCGCGCAGGGAGAGAACACCAGGCUGGCCCACCCUGGAGACCACGUCAGCAUCACAGGCAUCUUCCUGCCCAUGAUGAAGGCUGGCUUCAGGCAGGUGGUACAGGGGCUGCUGGCGGAGACGUACUUGGAGGCACACAGGGUCAGUCAGAUGAACAAAAGUGAGGAUGAUGAGCUCGGGAGCCAGGAGCUGAAUGAGGAGGAACUGCGACAGAUCACAGAGGAGGAUUUCUAUGAGAAACUCGCUGCCUCCAUCGCCCCUGAGAUCUAUGGUCACGAGGAUGUAAAGAAGGCUUUGCUGCUGCUCCUGGUUGGGGGUGUGGACCAGUCACCCAAAGGCAUGAAAAUCCGAGGGAACAUUAACAUCUGUUUGAUGGGAGAUCCAGGAGUUGCCAAGUCUCAGUUGUUGUGCUACAUCGACAGGCUGGCCCCAAGAAGUCAGUACACCACGGGGCGGGGCUCCUCUGGGGUUGGGCUGACGGCUGCGGUGAUGAAGGACUCAGUGACGGGGGAGAUGACCCUGGAGGGAGGUGCUCUCGUGCUGGCUGAUCAGGGCGUCUGCUGUAUCGACGAGUUUGACAAGAUGAUGGACUCGGACCGCACGGCCAUUCACGAGGUGAUGGAGCAGCAGACCAUCUCCAUCGCUAAGGCUGGCAUCAUGACCACCCUGAACGCUCGCUGCUCCAUCCUCUCCGCCGCGAAUCCAGCAUUCGGCCGCUACAACCCCAAGAAAACCGUGGAGCAGAACAUCCAGCUGCCAGCGGCUCUGCUCUCCAGGUUUGACCUGCUGUGGCUCAUUCAGGAUAAGCCCGACCGCGACAACGACCUCAGGCUCGCGCAGCACAUCACUUAUGUUCAUCAGCAUUGCAAGCAACCGCCCUCCCAGUUCCAGCCACUGGAAAUGAAGCUGAUGAGGCGCUACAUCGCUCUGUGUAAGCAGAAGCAGCCCAUGGUGCCCGAGUCCCUGGCUGACUACAUCACCGCAGCGUACGUGGAGAUGAGGAAGGAAUCGAGGAACAGUAAAGACACCACCUUCACCUCAGCCAGGACCCUGCUCUCCAUCCUGCGCAUCGCCACCGCCCUGGUGCGUAUCUCU